CCCCAGGGCUGAGGUAGGGGCCAUGUUGACACUGGCCCCCCUGUGCCUGCUGCGUGAGCCCUGGAAUGCCAGCGAGGGCAACCAGAGCAAUGCCAUGGCUGGGGCUGGCAGUGCCUGGUGCCAGUGGCUCAACGUCCCCAACAAGCUCUUCCUCACACUGGGGCUGGUGAGCCUGGUGGAAAACCUGCUGGUGGUGGCCGCCAUCCCAAAGAACAGGAACCUGCACUCGCCCAUAUACUACUGCUGCCUGGCUGUCUCUGACAUGCUGGUGAGCUUCAGCAACCCGGUAGAGAUGCUCUUCAUGCUGCUGAUGGAGCAUGACAUGCUGAUGAUCCACACCAGCAUUGUCUGCCACAGGGACAAAGUCAUCGACAUGCUCAUCUGCAGCUCUGUCGUGUCCUCCCUCUCCUUCCUGGGGGCCAUUGCUGUGGACCAAUACAUCACCAUCUUCUAUGCUCUGUUCUACCACAGCAUCAGGAGGCUGCAACAGGCCAUGGUAACCAUGGCUAGCAUCUGGCUGGACAGCAUGGUCUCCAGCACCAUAUUCAUCACAUACUACCACAACACCACCAUCCUCCUCUGCCUCAUCAGCUUCUUCCUCUUCAUGCUGGUCCUCAUGCUCGUGCUCUAUAUCCACAUGUUUGCCCUGGCCCGCCACCAUCUCCACAGCAUCUCCAGCCAGCAGAAGCAGCUCAUCAUCUACUGCAGCAGCAGCCUCAAGGGAGCUGUCACCCUCACCAUCCUCCUGGGCAUCUUCAUCUGCUGGGGCCCUUUCUUCUUCCACCUCAUCCUCAUCGUCACCUGCGCCACCAACCCCUUCUGCACCUGCUUUUUCAGCUACUUCAACCUCUUCCUCAUCCUCAUCAUCUGCAACUCUGUGACUGAUCCCCUCAUCUACACGUUCUGUAGCCAGGAGCUCCGGUGGACUCUGUGGGAGGUGGUUCUGUGCUCCUGGUAGG